CCAAUAACACAAUCGGCAUAGCGGCAAGACACAAGAUGUCCGACCAUCCAGCCACUGCAUCCCUCCUGACCACGCUCGGCCUCCGCGCGACUCCCUCCUCACCCAUCCCCAACCACGCAGCAGGUUAUAUCAUUGGCAACUGGUUCCUCGCCCACGGAAUACUCAACCCCCGAGCAUCCAUACGACGACUCGGGCAAGACCACAAUAAUGCUCCACGCGAGAAUCUGCUCAAAUACGGCGAAGCAGCCGUGCAAGCCGGCAAGAUCACCCGAGGCCAACUGAACCGACUCAAACGGCGGGAAGCUGCCUACGAGAACGUCAUCGAGGGGUUUCCGCUAUUUAUCGCCGGGGUCCUUCUCGCCCUUCACGCAGGUGUCCCGACCGAGAUAAUCAACUGGGUUGGGUUGUGGUUCUCGGUGAUGCGGGUGGCAUAUGCAACCGCGGCCGUGGCGAUUGAAUCGGAACCACUGAACUUUGUGCCGUCGCUGCUGUGGUGGUUGGGCAACGUGAGUUGCCUCACGGCGUUGAUGUUGGCCGGGAAGAGGCUGUGAUUUUUCUUCCUCUUCUUGAGCUGAACAAGCUCUUUUGGGAAAGCUUCGCGAGUGGAAUGGAUUCAAAAUCAGGCCGUGUUGGCCAUCUGAAUACUAGUAACAGAAGUAGAAAAAUCGUACGGGUUCAUGUUUCCGAUGAAAGUGGGGGAGAUUGGGGACGCCAGAUCUGCGGGGGUUGCCGAGGUUGAGGGGUUGGGGAAAUUUGAGGGUCGCGACGAUCUUUCAGGGGAAGUCCUUUGGUUUGAUGGGUUCGUAAAGGCAGUCGAGUCUUGCGUGUGUGUUAUCCGAUUUCUGGUACCCAC